AUUUCCCUUAAUAAAGGGGAAAAAAAACCUCUGCUUCACAAGAAAAGUAAAAGAAGAUGAGUUUUACCAGACUGCUUUCUGUACACCUGAAUGAUGGACACUUCAUGCCUAUGCUGGGGUUUGGCACCUCUGCCCCUAGGAAGGUUGCCAUGAGUAAUGUAGAAGAAGCCGUCCAGGUGGCAAUAGAUGUAGGCUACCGCCAUAUUGACUCAGCUUAUUUGUACCUGAAUGAAGAAGCCAUUGGGCAGGCCAUCAGGAAGAAGAUUGCCAAUGGCACUGUGAAAAGAAAAGAUAUAUUCUAUACCACAAAGCUGUGGGGCACCUUUUCCCGCCCAGAAUUGGUCCAAAGAGGCCUUGAACUGUCACUGCAGAAACUUCAGCUGAGCUACGUGAAUCUUUACCUUAUUCAUUACCCGGUAUCUCUGCAGCCUGGAAAGGAGUUUAUCCCAAUGGACUCACAGGGAAAGAUCAUUUUUGACACAGUGGAUCUCUGCAGCACAUGGGAGGCCAUGGAGAAGUGUAAGAACACAGGAUUGGCCAAGUCCAUCGGGGUGUCCAACUUCAACCGCAGGCAGCUGGAGAUGAUCCUCAACAAGCCAGGGCUCAAGUACAAGCCCGUCUGCAACCAGGUGGAAUGUCACCCUUACCUCAACCAGAGCAAACUCCUGGAGUACUGUAAGUCCAAGGACAUUGUCAUGACUGGAUAUGCUGCCUUGGGGUCUGACCCAGGCAAGGAAUGGGUGAAAACAGACAACCCAGUUCUCCUGGAGGAUCCAGUACUCAAUGCCAUUGCUGAAAAGCACAGGCGAACUCCAGCCCAGGUUGCCUUGCGCUACCAGCUGCAGCGGGGGGUGGUGGUCCUGGCCAAGAGCUUCACUGAGAAGAGAAUCAAAAAGAACUUCCAGAUUUGUGACUUCCAGCUCACACCAGAGGACAUGAAAACCAUAGAUGGCCUGAACAAGAAUAUGAGCUAUUUUGAAAAUGUAAGUAGCUUGUUUUGUUGUCAACACUAGGGAGCAGGACAGUGGGGGGAAUUCAGCUGAUUUCAAUCCAUAGAGGGCAGCGUCUGUUGCUUAGGAAAGCUUUUGGAAAACAUUUUUUCUUCCAACUUCAGAUCAGAGAUAUUUUGUUCCAAGGCUCAGGGCUCUGCCCAGACAAGAGUGU